UGGCCGUGUUUGAUCAGGUGCUGUAGAUGAUCAAGUGUGCAAUGCAUGGUGAGGUGGCUGCUCAGUUGGACUAACUCAUCACUAUGAGUGUGCUGCAGCUGUGCAAUGAACAGGAGAUUGAGCCGGGGUCUAGCGAGCUGAAGGAUUUGACUUUGCUCCAUUCAUCGAUGAACUACAACUACGGUCGCAACCUCAACCCACCUCAGCUGCCUCGGCCGUUGACCAAGAGCUGGAAGCUACGAACUCCUGAAAGUGACAAAGAUUAUAAGAAGACUGCAUGUGACAGAGAGAGGUCUAGGAUGAGGGACAUGAACAGAGCGUAUGAAGCUCUACGUAGCAGACUGCCCAUCUGUAAACCUCCAGGAAAGAAGUUGUCAAAGAUAGAAACCCUGAGAAUGGCAAUUAGAUACAUUUACCACCUGCAGAGUUGUCUGGAUGAUGACAUGAAGCUGGAGUCACUAGACCCCGAGAUGUUGGAGUAUCAAGAUGCCUCUCCCUCCACAUCCUGGGCAGCUGUCCCCUACUUUGGACAUUCAUACAUCAACUAUCCGCUAGAGCCACCCGCCUACCACUCAUCCUACAAGAAGCCUAGAUACGACUUGUAGCCUACAAUCUCAACUAGCAUUCCUUUAAGACUCUUGUAUGUUUGUGAUUUCAAAUUUGUUCUAAAUGAAACAAAGGGUAAGUUAAUUUUAAUUUGCAAUACCUAAAAUCAUCUAAUCUUGUUAUGUUGCAAAUAUGUACAGUCAACUAAGUAGACCUUAUGCAAUUUGGUCUGAAAAUAUUUGAUACAAAGUUUCUAUUCUACCCAACCCAAUGACCACUAUUAACAAAUGUUGCAUUUUCUAUCGGACCAUAUUUGUGCAGUCUACUCUAAAUGGUAGCUGUUUGAAACACUGUCUGGGUGAACUUUGUGUAAUGCUUUUGGAUAAAUGUGCCCAAUUUCAGGUGCAUAUGGGUUCUUUUCCGUUAAUUCACCACCACUACUUUUACUUUCUCCCCCAUACCAUAGUAUAUGGCAAAAAUUUUGUUUAUUGCAAUUCCGAUAUUUCUGAAUACAUCAAUUAUAAAAUGAAACUAUUCCAAACCAACCUAACCAACCAAACUUGCUGAUUAUGAACAAAUUCUGGUAGGUAGUGAAUAAACGGAACUACAAUUAAAAAAAUUAGUGGUGUAGUGAAUUAAUGGAAAAAGACCGUCUUAUGUAUUCGUUUAUAUUCCUGCUAAUCUGCAUUUAUUGUACAACAUUACAUUUGAAUUACAAUGACAUUGUGAUAUCAAAAUGUUUCAUGCAACAGAAAACCUAAGCAUAAAUAAAACUCAUAUUUGUUGGGCGACUGACCUAUAAAUGCUUUGACAUGAAGUAUUGCUUGUAAAUUAAUACGUAUAUGGUUUUUACAUAUACAUUCAAUUGUAGAUAUAUGUAGAUGCGAGAUUCAUUUAGUGAUUUAAACUUCUUUUCUUAAAGCUUAUUUUUGUAGAUAUCAAAUGGUUCUGUAAACAUUUACAUAUUCUAAAUAUCUUUGGUAAUAUUUUCAAACCUGUUUAGUGUACCUUGUUAUAUUAUAUUUGUUAAAUAAAUGUGUGAUAUUUGUUUACAGUUUUUAA